CCGCUCUUCAAAGAUACACUGUAGAUCUCUUGACGAAAACGAAAACGUAGGAAGGCGAUGGUCCGGGUCACAAACAACAGGCAAACCAACCAAGCCCUGAAGCUCUACUAUUACAUGACAUUGUAGUAACUGCAAUAUCUCCUUACCAUGCCCCCUCCAUCUCCAUCUCAGUCGACGUCUCACUCUACAACGAGCUCUGUAGCAUCUCAAAAGACAGGCUUCAAGUUCCGAGCUCAUGAUUUUGUCAGUCACCAGCAAGCGGCUGCUUCUGGUCGGUCUACUACUGGUAGUAGUACUGGCACCGGUAGCCAAGACGUUACUAGUAAUAAGACUACGAUUCCAGCACCAAGUCCCUCUCAGGAAGAACAAGAAGAUCAGGAGUUUUUUGAAAGUUCCUACGAGAUGCGUCAGUUUUUGGGCAAGGGACGUCAGGGAGCCCAAGUCUUUGCCUGUCAUCAUCGAGACUCGGGAGAACUGCGAGCCGUCAAAGUCUGGCGCAAAUCCAGACGCCAAACCAGAAAUCGCUUUUCUACUACUACUUCUCCCUAUCUUGAUUUGGAGGAGAUCCAUUUGGACAACAAUAGCAAUAGCAAUAGUAGCAAGCCUCCCUUUAAUCCGGAACUGACGGAAUUCUAUCUGAUGCAACACCUGCAUCAUCCCAAUGUGGCCAAGAUCUUUGAACUGCUGGAAGGACCUACGCACUAUUACAUGGUCAUGGAGUAUUCCGGAGGAGGAACCUUAGCACAGGAUUUAAAGCAACAACCGGGAGAACGGUAUCCAGAAGACAAGGCGGCUCUCUUGAUUUAUCUGUUGCUGCAGACUGUGGCGUAUCUGCACUCCAGUAGGUCCACAACAACGACUACUAGUGACAGCAAUGAUCAGGACACCAAAAGAGCGUCAUCCUCUGCUUCCUCCCGUCACUAUGUCAGUCGCAGUCUGAUCCACUGUGAUCUCAAUCUACACAACAUUAUACUCGACAAAGACAAGGAAAAAGUCAGUGCCAUCAAACUGGUAGACUUUGGGGAUGCCGUCUUGGCAGAGCCAGACGACGACGAAGACGACGACUGUUACUACCCCAACAAUAAUAAUGACAACAAUCAUCACAACACUAACAGCUACGCCCAAGAAAUGGCACAACUCGUCGAUUGGUAUCAACCCCGAGGCGCUCAGAUACCGUUCAUGGCACCCGAAAUGAUUGCCAUUGACCAACCCUUUGGAAGCGCCGCCGAUAUGUGGUCUUUGGGGGUCCUGGCGUUUAUUCUCGUUUCCGGAAAAUACCCCUUUGGCAAGCCCACCACCACGCUGCAAUUGCAACAUGCCAUUAAAGCCCUCUUGGCACUCCGAACACACGACUGCGACAGCGACAUUUUAUUUGGAACCGACUUGGUCUGGAACGAUGUGUCCGCUCACGCCAAGGACUUUAUUGCCGCACUCCUGCAACACCAUCCUCACGAUCGUCCCACGGCCGAAGAAGCCUUGCGGCAUGUAUGGAUGGAAAAAACACGCGAACGGGCGCUCGAUGACAAAUUGGCCGGAGGUGGGACGCGACAACACAAGCAUUUGCGACAACAUGCCCUUCAAGUAUGGUCCGGUCUCAAACAAACGGCACGACGACGUCCGUCGACGCCCAAAGUGUUGAAACAAGCCGCCCUGACAUUCAUCGCCACGCAGCUCGUAUUAAAGGAAGAAAAGAGCUAUAUUGAUGAAGUCUUUCAACUUAUGGAUAUUGAAGCCGAUGGAGUCUUGUCCAAACAGGAAGUGCGAAAGGGAUAUCAAGAAAUUUUUGGGAAACCACUCAAAGAAACCGAUUUAGAGGCGUUGUUUGAAAGGGUGGAUUUGGGUGGGAGUGGCACCAUUGAGUACUCGGAGUUUGUCAUUGCCUCACUCAAUGAAAAGCAACUCUUGCACACCACCAAACUACGCAAAGCCUUUAAGAUAUUCGACACGGACAACACGGGAUUCAUCUCCGCCGCCAAUCUACAGCCAUUACUGAAAUCCUAUCUCGCCGAACACGACGAACAGGAACACGUGGCCAUUCUGGAAGAGAUCAUUGCCCAAGUCGAUCGAGACGGUGAUGGACAAAUCUGCUUUGACGAGUUUGUCGCCAUGAUGUUGCAUUCUUCCAAUGGUCGACGCCGACGAGUACAGCGACCCAACAGCCGAGGACGACGACCCUUGGCCAGCUCGGUCAAUAGCUCUCUCACGACCAGCAUGCUCAUGGUGGAGCCGCCCAAUAUCUUUGCGUCGUCCACAUCCACCGUGUCGUCGGGAGAACGACGAGAGCUUUGGGAGUCAUCCAUUCAAUUGACAUUCCGACCGGCACAAACCAUUGGCAAGCGUGCGGAACGACUCACCAGUCGGUAUGACAUUGGAGAGUACAUUCAGAGUGGUUCGUUUGGAUCCGUGUGGUUUUGUACCAACAAAGAGUCGGGGGCGGAACGGGCCGUGAAAUACGUCAAAAAGAGCCAACAUGCCAAAGAGAAUGAGCUCAUCAUGCGAGAGUUUAACAUACUGCGUUCAUUGGACCACCCUAAUAUCUUGAAGAUGUACGAUCUGUUUGAGAACAGCGAACAGUACGAAAUCGUCAUGGAUGCAAGCAAAGGGGGCGAUUUGUGCGAUGAAAUUGACAAGUAUGGUGCCAUUGCCGAAGUUGGGGUCUGUUUGAUCCUCCACCAAAUCCUUCUCAGUGUCAAUUACUGCCACCAAAGGCAUAUUGUUCAUUGUGAUCUGAAGCCGGACAACAUUUUGUUAGAAGAGAGCAAGGCCAUCAACCAAAUCAAGAUUAUAGAUUUUGGACUAGCGGCCAACUUGGUGGGCGAACAAGAGAAAGCUGAGGGUAGUGUCGUCAAUGGGAGGAUCAAGGAACGUCGUGGCACGAUCAGAUUCAUGGCACCGGAAGUCUUGAAGGGCGAUUAUGGUCCCAAAUGUGAUGUGUGGGCGUGUGGUGUCAUGGCCUUUCUUCUCCUGUCGGAUGAAUUCCCCUUCACUGCCAAACACAAGCAAGACAUCGCAGACCGCAUCCUCAGCGGCGCCUACUCGUUUUCUCGCAAUCCCAUUUGGAACAAUAUCUCCGAUGAUGCCAAAUCCUUCAUUUCCGAUUGCUUGACCAUGGACGAAACAAAACGACCAACGGCGGCGUUGGCCUUGCAGCAUCCGUGGCUGGAAACUGCACGACUUGCCGUUGCGGAAAACUUUCAUGAGAAGGAAGUGUGUACGGCCGCCGAGGCCCUUGACAAUAUGAAACGGUUCCAGGCACGCAGCGUUUUGGCUCAAGCCGCCAGCACAUUCAUAGCUUCCCAGUUGAUCUUGAAGGAAGAAAAGGCCAAGAUUGAUGAAGUCUUUCGAGUAAUGGAUGUUUCGUGCGACGGCAAACUGUCAAAGCAAGAAGUCAAGGCUGCGUACCUGAAAGUGUUUGGAUAUGAGAUGAGUGUCGAAGAAGUGGAUGAGAUUUUUGAUAGAGUGGACAUUGACGGGACGGGUUACUUGGAAUACAGUGAAUUUGUAGUGGCCGCCAUGAGUCAAAAGGAGUUGCUAUCGAAUGACAAUUUGAAAAAGGCGUUUUCCGUCUUUGACCAACACAACCGUGGUUACAUUACCCGGAGUAGUUUGAAGCGCGGUUUGACCAACUUUUUAAGCAGCAAUGGCAAUGACGGCACUGAGGAUGAGCAGCUUGUGAGCGAUCGUGUGCUUCACAAGAUAAUAUCGGAAGUGGAUCGAUCGGGGGAUGGUCGGAUUACGUAUGACGACUUUGUGGCGACCAUGUUGAAUUCUGCCGACGUCCGAGUUGACAAUGACAAUAAGGAGGAAAAGAAGCGGAAAAAGAACAUGUGGAGUGGAUUGGUGCGCAUGUUUGAUGGGAUGAAGAUGGGAUGA